AUGGCAACGCGAAGCUUGAAUGAAAGAGCUCGAAUAAAUGGCACAACGGUACGUUUACGUUACCUUGAAACAUCAGUGGGUAAUUCGGCGGUUGAUCGCUUGAUGGGUGGAGGAUUACCGUUGUCCGGUAUUUAUCUGGUCGACGAACACAACAGCCGAACGUACGCAUCUGUUCUUGCCAGAUACUUCUUGGCUGAAGUGCUUAUGGUAGCAUGCUUCAAUGUGAAUUCAUUGCUAGACCACAUUGUUUUUAUUCUUGUAGAAAUACCAUCAUUUUCAGGUGUGAUUCAUAAGCACAGCCUUUUGAUAGCGUCGCCGUCACGCGAUCCAUCUGAAGUACUCUCGAAAUUGCCACAAAAAGUUGAAGAAAAAGUCGACGAGCGAUCAUCAGAAUCGAGUUCAAUAGGUGAUGUCGAGCCGAUGAAGAUCGCAUGGCGAUAUGCGAGUGUACCGAAAGUGGAUUCGUCGAUAAAAGGUCAACGCUUGAAUAAGCAGUACGAUCUCACCAAAACAAUGGACAGAGCGUUGAUUGAUUGCUGCGAUAUAAGUAAAUAUCCAUCCGAUGAAACAUCCGCUUCAUAUUCACAAUUGUGGAAUCAAUUGAUUCAAAUCCUUUCGUGCCAAAAAUAUCGUCCUUUGAACGCAUUAAACGGUGACUCAAAUUCAUCUUCAUCUGAGCGCAAUCUUUUGCGGAUUGUUAUUGAGGGUGAGCGCAUAAUCUUGGAACAGAUUCAUGUUACAACUUUAGAUUUUGGUUCACCGAUGUGGAGCGAUUCAGAAAUGGAGUUGAAAUUUAUGGCUCGAUUGAGAACAUUGAUUAAUGACUAUUAUGUGGUUGUUAUGCUGACAGUGAAUUCCAAUUCUAUUGAUCCUCAGCGUAGGGAUCGUAUUUAUUCGUACUGCGAUGCGGCAUUCGUAAUGGAGACAAUUGAUGACCCCAAAUUGACAGCGUCGAAUUUUGGUGAUUCUUUCGAUGGAUACUUUCGGAUCGUGAAGUUACCGUCGAUAUCAUCGAUUGGUUGUAAUUGUCCAGAAAGUAGCGAUUUGACGUUCGAAUUGCAUCGACGUCGUUUCGAUAUUAAAAUAUUGCACUUGCCACCUGCACUCGACGAUGACAGUAGUGUUGACGGCAUUGACAAGAAGUCCUCGAGUCGCCUACCUUGUCAGAGUAUGCUUGAUUUUUGA